AAUAACCUUGAGAUAAGACUGAAACCGUCAACGUCGAGCGCUAAAGCGUCUGUGGCCUGUCAUGAGCACAGACGGCAGCGUCUGAGUGUCAAUCCACUAUGUAGCCAAGUCAAGCGGCCAAGCGUUGCUAUCAGCUUUCGGGUAGCAGCAUUGGGCACAGACGAUGAUCUCGACAUGUGUUCACUCUCCAACAAGCCAUUUCCACGUCAUCGCCCGUUCGCUGGAUCGUUGUCGUUUUCGCACUUGGCAGCUCCUCGGUCAUCCGCUUCAUCAGCUGUCGCAGGGCUCCCUGAUCCAAACCGUCGCGGAGCGCUUGCAUCGCUUGGCCUACAUAGUGCAUACACACACUGACAAUCUUCAAUUUCAGAGCCAUCGGGAUUAUAGCUGCAGCUGUGCAGUCAGCGGGCGUGCAGUCCCCCUUUUGAUGAGUAUUGCAGGCAUCUUUAUUGUAUAUACACUAGCUAUGUUGUUUCCACGCUGUGGCAGGUAGGCAGCUAUCCAUUCAAAAUGAAUGUAUUCCGAAGCGUCAAUGGCAGAUGCCUUGCCU